UGAACGUAGAGCCGUUCGUCAGACGUGCGAGUGAUUAAGAGGCCCACGUUGAAUUAACGCUAUACUGUAGACGAUGAAAGUAGGAAUAGCGCUGAAAAAACUCCACGUCUAGUCAGUAUUGUUAAGUGCUCGGCACGAUGAUUAUAGAUAAUGUGGACGCUCUGAAAUCGUGGUUGGCAAAACUCCUCGAGCCGAUAUGUGAUGCUGACCCUUCUGCAUUGGCAAACUACGUGGUGGCUUUAGUCAAGAAGGAUAAACCAGAGAAAGAACUCCGAGCCCUCUGUGCUGACCAGUUGGACGUCUUCUUGCAGAAAGAAACCACAGUCUUUGUGGAUAAACUCUUUGAAUGUCUAACCACCAAAAACUACUUGGGAAAUCCACCUGCUAAAGAAGUUCCUAAAGAGGAGACGAAGGCUCCAGCACAAAAACCUGAGGAGAAGGAAGAGGCUGGUCAUGUUGAGGAAAGCCGAAGAAGGAGAAGUCCUCUGAGGACUCGUUCGGACUUCAAUGAGUCAAGGAGUCGGGACGAGCGGAGGCGAGACGACCGCAAACGGCGAGAGCCUGAGCGCCACGGGAAGGGUAGCGAGUCAUACCGGGAGCGGCACGAGCGCAGGGGUGUGAGCUCUAGGGGACGCAGCUACAGCCGCAGCAGGAGCCGAAGCAGGAGCCGCAGUCGCAGCAGCAGCCGAGGCAGGAGCGGAGACAGGGAGCACGGGCAGAGACGAGAACAUAGGUCCAAAUUCGAGCAAGAGAGAAAGGACCUGGAGCAGUACACUCCCUCUCCAGUCCCCUUGAGUAACCCUCACCACCAGCAGAAGCAGCACCCUGCCCCCCUGCUCCCUCUGCCCAACCCCCAGCCACAGUUCCCCCCUUCGGGGAGCCCUGGGCUCCCCAGCGCGGUAACGGCAGUGGCUCCAGCUCACCUGCCUGACAGCACCACAGAAAGCUGGUCCACUUACUACUCCAACCACAGCGAGGGGAAAAGCGGCUUGCUCAAACACCGCUGUAGGGACUACGACGAGAAAGGAUUCUGUGUGCGUGGUGACCUCUGUCCCUUCGACCAUGGCAACGACCCUCUGAUUGUGGAUGACGUUGCCCUGCCCACCAUGAUUCCUUUCCCACCUCCUGGCAUGCCACCCACACGCAUGCCUCUUCCCCCCAUGACGGAGCCACCUCCUGGCAUGCCCAUGCCCAUGCCCAUACCGCCACAUGGCCAGCCUCCACCACCGGGCAUCUACCCAAUGCCAGGACCUCCUCUAAUCCCAGCCAGUGGAAUAGAUACUCCACCCCAUGCAAGGACAAGCACCUCCUCUCCUCUGGCCCCGCCUGGAGUGGGACCACCACCUCCUCCUCCUCCUUCCUCUGCUUCUUCCGCAUCUCUCCAUCCUCAGUACACUCUGUCUGAAUAUAGCUAUGAUCCUGAGGCAUAUAACCCAGAGUCUCCAGGCCUCACCGGGCCAAGCAGAAUCCAGUACCGUCAGUUCAUUCCUCGAAUCCAGACCCAGAGAUCCAACCUCAUCGGUCUCACCUCAGGGGAUGGACAGUCUUCCCGAGCCGCAAAUAUUGUAAUUCAGACGGAACCGUCGAUAACGAAUGUGUCAAGCAAUGAGGCAAGAUACAGCAUGGAGCCCGAGAACAGGAAGAGAACCUUAGGCUCUGUUGACGGUCCUCAGGCCAAAAAGCCCUGGAUGGACAAGCAAAAUUUCAAUAGCCAGCACAAGCCAGCCUUCCCGAAGAAGAACCACUAUGUUAACACCAAACUUGAAGUUCGCAAAAUCCCUCGAGAGCUCAACAACAUUACCAAACUGAAUGAGCAUUUCAGCAAGUUUGGGACAAUAGUGAAUAUCCAGGUGGCAUUUGGAGGAGAUCCAGAGGCGGCUCUGAUCCAGUACACAGUCAACGAGGAGGCACGCAGAGCCAUCUCCAGCACUGAGGCUGUGCUCAAUAAUCGCUUCAUUAGAGUGUACUGGCACAGAGAGGUCACGGUACCGGCCCAGGAGCAGGGUCCUAGCCAGAGCACCAGCCUUGGACCACAGCACAGCACAGCCCACAAGGUCAUUAAUAAGCAGCACACACCAGGGGCUUAUGUGUUGAAUAAAACCUUCACCAAGCACCCAGCCUCCUCUGGAACAGGUCCUCCAGGCAGUCUCGACACGCUCAAUCCCAAUGCAGAGUCUUCAUCGGCGGUUGCACCGGCCUCAAACCUGCAAAAAGGACCUUAUUCACGAACAGUCGUAAAGCCUCCUCCGAAGACACUGGGGAAGACUGCGAAAGCUCUUGAAGCUCAGGAGGUUUUGAAAAAGAAGCAAGAAGCUUUGAAGCUGCAGCAAGACAUGAGGAAAAAGAAACAAGAGAUGCUUGAAAAACAGAUAGAGUGUCAGAAGGUGUUAAUAGCCCGACUUGAGAAAAACAGAGGGAUGAAGCCAGAAGAGAGGGCCAACAUAAUGAAGACCCUGAAAGAACUCACUGAGAAGAUCUCUCAGCUGAAGAAUGAGAUCAGUCCAGCUUCCCAGUCCAUGGCUAACACCAUGCAGGCCCAGACCAAAACAGAUCUGACAGCAGGAGAGGACACUACAGACCUGAAGAGGAGACUGGGUCAGCUGCAGGUAGAGGCCAAGCGGUUAGGGCUCUUACCUGCCGGCCGUGGCAAACCCGCUCUAGCACCAAACCGGGGCCGAGGCAGGGGCCGAGGGCGGAGCGUUAGGGGUCGAGGAGCAGGCAACCUCAUGGUGGUGGACCACAGACCAAGGGCUCUCGCCAUCCUGGGUGUCACACAGGAGGAGAAGGAAGAGCUAAUGCCACACUUUGUGAAAUUUGGAGAGAUUGAAGAGCUUCGUGACCAAGACGCCAACAGCGUUGUGAUGACGUUCAAGACCCGGGGUGAAGCAGAGAAUGCUGCAAAUCAAGGGGCAAAGUUUAAAGGUCGAAUCCUACAGAUAUCAUGGUACAAACCCAAAACCCCGUCCAUCUCCACUGAACCAGAAGAAGAGGAGUCAAAAGAGGAAGUCAGUACGGAGCCAGUUAGCCCUUUCUUGCUGCCAGAGGAGGAAGAGGACGAUGAUGACGAUGAGGAUGACGAAUAUGAGAGCCGCUCUUGGAGACGAUGAAAAAGAAGUCCAACAUAACGUUUUUGUUUCCUUGUGAAAAGGACAGUCUUUUUUUAAGAAACUAAUUUAAGUCAGUUUGAUAGACAUAAAAUCACUUUGUUUUCUAAACUAGUUUCCAGUAUUUUUAGAAGUAGAGAACAGGAAAGAGAUUACUGUGUGCACGACACACUCUUUGUGAAGGUCAGUCUUGACGAAUGCGAGGUAUCUGAAGGGACUUGCUUUGUUUUACCGCUGUGAAACCUCUGCAUAAUAUAUGAAACUCUCACUUUUGCUGAGACUGAACUCAAAUUAACAUGUAUUGUGUUUCACUGUGAUUGACCAGAUAUCAGUAACUCACGUUUGUGACUACUGUGAAUAUUUUUAGAAUCUGCCCCUUAAAACAAAUUGUCCCCACCACUGGACGUAAGAUCUUAAGUCCGUUCAGACAAAACUCAUUCAUAGAUGACAUUGUACAAGGCGUGUUCUUUUAUGAGAAGAAAUGCCUUUUGACAUCAAGCUCUUAAUGCAUUUUGUAAGGUUUUCCUUUAACCUUCAGAAGUCCAGAAGCUAGUAUACCCCAAUUCUUUGAUUAUUCAGUCUCUCUUCUCUCUACAUUUGUUGCGCCACCUUGUGUAAAUAUGGACCCAGUGAUGUAUGUCAAACUGUACAUGUUUAUGUCUCGCUCUGUAUUCCGUCAUCCGAAACCAAAGCGAGCUUUGGAUGAGUAUAAAAGAUGGUAUGCUAUAAUCAUUAGUCCAGAAAAUGUCAACAGGGGUGUUUUUGAAUGUGUACAUUUGGUUUAUACAUCAUUUUUGCCUUACUCUAUCAGCAGUCAGCUGACUUUUUACAAGAAUUCUGACUUUUUUUUUUCCCCCUCCUUCUUUUUGUAAAUUUUGUAAAUGGUUGCAAUAGUUCUGACUGUUCAGUUAAUUAUUUUUAGCCAUUAGAAUGAAUGUUAGAUUCAUGUUAAGAGAACUCAUUCACUUGUAAGUGUGCUUAAACGCUGCUUGUUUUCAGAGCAGAUUUGCAAAAGCACAUCAUGCCCGUGAACUCUUAUUUAUGGAAACUUAUCAUUCAAACCACUGCUUCAUGUUUUUUUGGAUCGACGUACAAACUUUUUUUUCUGUGGGUAAUUUUUUGUCUUUUUUUGAUGGAUUUAAAAUUUUUUUCCAAUCUAUUUUUUUUUCCAUUCUUUCAGCCCAUCUUUGUCGCUUUACCAAUUUCAAAAGCUUCGUUUUAAAGAAGUAGUAUACAAAUUCUUUAAGAACUUGUAUUGAGUUGCUCUGAGUGUUUUAAGAGCAGAGUGUGUAAGCCUGAUAAAUAUAUAUAUUUUAUUAUCGUCCCUACAUGCAUAAUUCAAAACAAUUAAGAUCUAAGUUUCCCUAGUGAAAGAGCAGUGUGAUCCUUUUAACAUUUUCCUGUGAGUACUAUUGAUUUACUUACAGCAGGUAUACUGUAUGCCUUCUGCCCAAAUACUACAUGCUUUUUGUUUUCUUUCCCUUCAGGCACUUCAUUAAUUUAAAGUGUUAGAGCCCGUACAGAGACCGUUUGUUUAGCUCAGAAAGUAAAAAUAUUGCUGUGGUGUAGAACAUCUGGGUAGCAGUCGUAACUUCUUAACUUUUCUGUUUGAACGAGUCUUGAAGACUCAGGAGUGUCAAAAAAUUUCAGUAUGGAAAGGAUCUUCAAUUUUGUUUGUAAAACUCUUGUCUAUGCUACUUCUACCAUGGUAGUAUAAUACAUUUAGCGUAAAAUGGAUUUUGACUAUUACUGUUUAUAUAUUUGAGGCUCUAUGGAUGUAUUUUUCAGUUUUGUUUGUAAAAUGGAUUUCUAACACUUGCCACUCGCAUGUUUGCUUAUCAAUAAAGGCAAAGGAAUGGGGAUAGUCAAAGGAACCAUAAAAAAAAAACACAUGAAAAAUUCAAUUGGCUACAAAAAAAAAGCAACAAGAGGAAAAAGAGAAAAAGAAAAACAAAUUUGAAAAAAAGUUGAUGGUCCAUUCCAAGAAUUACCUUCUGAAAA